GUUUGAGCGGAAAAACAAUCCUUCACAGCAUUUUUUGCGGGAGAAUAGGAGUGCUGAAAAAUGAAUUUAAUGCGCUUCUUCACUCUGUUAACUUCUGCUCUCUCCCCGAUGGGAAACAACUCUUCAUUUGAAGUCGACCCAGACACCCUUGAAGAUAUCGAUGAUGCCUUCCCUCUGUCCAGAGGUCGUGACAGCAGCCGGGCCAUGGCCAUCGAAGCAUCAGGUGAGAUCCUGGGGGAGGAGCUCUCUGCCGGUGCGGUGAGCGCGUGCACCCUGGAUCCAGACGCGGUGCGCACAGGCUGCGGGGGCGGCCCCAACCUUACGCAGGCUGAGUGCCACACGAGUGGAUGCUGCUGGGAGCCCCAAGGUGACCUGGAGCCGGCGUGCUACCAGAGGCACGGCCUCCCAUCGGUGGUGGAGGAUGCAGCGUAUUGGCAGCAAAUCGGCAUCACAGCCUUAAACCAAGCCCUCCUGACCCAACCGAUUGUGAGGACAGCAAAGAAUAUCAUCCUGUUCAUAGGGGACGGCAUGAGCCUUUCCACAGUCAGCGCAGCCCGCAUCCUCAAGGGUCAGAUGGCUGGACACACGGGAGAGGAAUCCCACCUCUCCUUUGAAGACUUCCCACACACCGCACUGCUGAAGACAUACUGUGUGGACAGGCAAGUUCCCGAGUCUGCGUGUACGGCCACAGCCUUGCUGUGUGGGAUAAAGAGCAACGCCAACACCAUCGGGGUGUCCCACAGUGUGCAGUUCGAAGACUGUGGCACAAUGAGCCCCCAGACCCAGGCCGACUCCAUCCUCAAAUUGGCGGCUCAAACAGGGAAGACAACGGGGCUAAUCAGCACGGCACGGGUGACGCACGCAACCCCGGCACCGCUGUACGGGCACUCGCCCAGCCGCGCAUGGAGCACCACGUACCGGCCCUCUGCACGUGACCUCGGCUGCCAGGACUUGGCCACACAGCUGCUGCAGCACAGCGAGCACAUUCAGGUCAUUCUUGGUGGCGGUCGGAGUAAUUUUUUCCCGAGCUCUGUGAAGGAUCCUGAAUACCCAGAGACGCACGUGGGAAAGAGGCAGGAUGGACGGAACCUCGUGCAUGAGUGGCUUGCUCGCACGUGGGGUAAAAAAUCUGACUACGUUUGGACAAAGAAGGACUUUGAAAAUAUUAACCCCGAGGACACGAAUUACCUGCUUGGGCUCUUUGAGCCGGGACAUAUGGGAUGGGCUCCCAGCCACCUCGAGCGGAAUGACCCGUCCCUGGUAGAAAUGGUGGAAAAGAGUCUGAAGAUCCUGCAGAAGAACAAGCAUGGCUUUUUCCUCUUUGUUGAAGGUGGGCUGAUUGACAAAGGCCACCAUGAGGGUCGAGCAUCGCGGGCGCUGCACGAGGUGCUGGCUCUGGACAAGGCGGUGCAGCGCGCCCACGAGCUCACCGACCCAGCCAACACGCUGAUCGUUGUCACGGCAGACCACGGCCACACGCUCACCAUCGGGGGGCACCCCAGCAGAGGCAACCCCAUCCUGGGGCUAGUUGACACGGAAGUGAGCGAUGUGGACUACCUACCCUUCACCACGCUCGCCUAUGCCAAUGGGCCUGGGCACAGCACACGUCGGGACAUUGUGGAUACAGCUGCGGACGACUACAGAGUGAAGAGCGCGGUGCCACGGACAAGAGAGACGCACAGCGGGGAGGACGUCCCCGUGUUUGCGAGCGGUCCCAUGGCCCACCUCCUGCGUGGAGUGCAGGAGCAGACUUACGUGGCCCACGUUAUACGCUAUGCCGCAUGCCUGGGCAGCUAUCGUGAGAGCCACUGCACCCCAGAGGGCAGGACGUCCAGUUAAAAGGCCUUGGCAUUCUCUUCUUCUUUGUUGAUGUAUGGAGAAACAACUUUGAAUUUACGUUGCUGCCUUAGCAUUUGGUGUUUGGGUAGCGUUCAAUGGUCAGUUCUGGAUGACCGUAGUCGCACACUGUAGAUUUUUACAUUUUCCAUUCGUGCAUCACGUAUCCGUAUCUGUAUCCGUAUCUGUAAUAGUUUGUGCCGAUGCGGUUUAAGGUUGCCCAUAAACUACGUUGAAGAUCGUAGCUGUUAGCUCUUUGUGCUCUUUAAUGAGGUGUUUGUGACUUAGUCGCCUUUGUGCACAGCAGUGCAUCUGCUGUAGAACAUUUCCCUACUACAUAGCAGCCACCCAUUUGUACAGGGGCGGUUUCUUCAUUAGGGCGAUUGGGCGACGCACCACCAAUGUCAUUCAACCACAGUCACGCUAGCCGUCACUGUGCAGCCUCUGGAUAUAGUCCAAUCAGCGUCAUGUCACGUUCUGUGGAGUACCACCUCUUUUGGGGCGAUUUCACUCCGGCUGAGAAUCGCCCCGAGUGGCCCCAUAGACUUACAUUCAAAGAUGUUUUUUUUCGAACGGGGGCGCUCCAAUGCAUUAUCUAUGGCUUCCGGGAGGGCGAGCCCCAACGUGCUUACGUCAUCAUACGUGCUAACGUCAUCAUACGUGCUAACGUCAUCAUACGUGCUUACGUCAUCAUACGUAAGCACGUUUCAUCCAACAAUAUAAUUUAUCGCUACCUAGUGGAAUCUUUAAUAAAAUAAACUUGAGUGGUUUGUUUUAAUAGUGAGUAUAUAAACAAACAAGAUGUAUUGUAAGAGUCACUUUAUUUUGCAUUAAUAUUAAAGAAGUGAAUUUGCCUUUACAUGCUUAAGCUGUUAAUUUAUUCAUUGCAUGGGUGGACCUUAUCCUUAUCAAUCAUCCAGACAUUUGCCCCCCCUGAGAGAUUUUGCAGGAGCCGCCACUGCAUUUGUAUACUUUAGGGAUGAGAUUGGGAUUCUAAAACGUCAAAUACAGGAUACCCUGAAUAUUCGCGGGAGCACUUUCCUGGAGAAUAUUAAAACUCAAAGCUUAAAAAAUAGGUUUAGGGAGAUUAAAGAUAUUGCAUUUAAACAUAAACUGUAUGUAUAUAUUAAUGAAUAAAUUGUAUGAUAUUUUGUGUUAUUUAACAUACCUUUAAUAAUGAUGAAUAUAAAUAUUUUAAAUAUUAGAGUUAAAUAAAUUAAUAGUGCACGGUAUUCCCCCCCCCCUUCUCUCUCCCCCCCUACUACCGAGUCCUAUAUAACCUCAUGCCACGGCAGAUCUCUCGCCUACUUCAGCAGUUUUUUCUUGCUGUUGUUGUCCUACCUGAUGACGAUUGCUUGUGUUGCGAUCGAAACGUCGUGAUCUAUUAUUUUUCUACCUACGUGACUUUACCGAAAGAACCGAAGAGUAUGGAUUCCUGCAGUCACAAAAGCUUCAAAUCAAGAUUGCACGGUAUUAUUUUAAACUUACCUUUUAAAACGUCACUUUGCUUAGGGGCCAUGGUCAACGGUAGCACAGCAUGUAAUUAAAACCAAAACAUUUGCAAAGGAACACCACCUGCGUGUGAAUGGUUCGGCAGACAAAGUCUUGGGAGAGCGGCGUUGCUGGGGCAAACGUUCUCACUCUCGCCAUUUACGCUGCUGCCUUUCGUCACUUCAGUACCUCCUGUCGGGCAGUUAUGUGCUACGGCCGUGAAUGUUUCAAGCGCAACCCCGCAAAUUUCACAGAGCACUGCAAUAAAGUUGUCGCGAAUACGCAAACACCGCGAUUAAAAAAAGUUGUAUUGUAUUUUCUUUGAAACAUUUCGGAUAUUUUUUCGUAAUUUUGGGAUUUCGUAUAAUGUUUUCUUAAGUACUUAGUAAAAUGUCCUCGUACUAACAAUAGUGGCGUCACCUGAUACCACGUGACAUCCCUUUUAUUCGGAAAAGCUUCGAAGUGAUGGCAUGAAAGUCACAUCAUUUCCGUUUGACGUGUUUUUGAAUCAAUAUUGUCCGAAAUUUCGUGUACACUCGAUUUUCAUAUUUUUUGUACUAAUCUGAUAAGGUGUACCUGUAUUUUUUUACUUGCUUUGAGCAGCACACUGCACAUUGGGUUCCAUUUCAUUAGGCGUAUAGAUAACAUCAACAGCAGAGCAGGUUUCCCCUGGCUCUUUGAACCCUUGAUAAGUGUGGGGGGGGGGGGG